GCUUGGCAAUAAACCAAAUGGGAUUUUUAUAAAAGCGUCUUUGAACUGAGCAGCAAGAAAUGUGAUUUCUGUUUAUCUAGAAAGUACAGCAAUAGGAUUAUGUUGAAGGAAAUCCUAAAUCCGUCCUUCUCCAAUGUCCGUUUAUCGUCGGUAAAAGAUGAACUUUAUUAAACAAAGUAUUGAAAUAUAACGAUGUGACGAUCAUGGUAUAAGAGCCAUUACGAUAAUUAUAGCUUCGCGAUUUACUCAGUCAUAUGGCCAAUUAUUGUCGAGUUAGUCGUUACGUCUUUCACAGUUUAGUAUUGACAACGAAACAGCAUUCACCUUCAGCUAUGACCGCUAUCGACACGUUAAAUGGAUAAAUAAUUUUAUUAUUAUAAAGAACAUCGAGAAAAUUGACAUGGAAUACUCGCACAAUCAGCUCGCUUGAUGCAAAAUCAUAAUCCUGAAUAUUAAAGUUACACUCUCUAAAUAUUUGAACCAAUAAAAUACGAAAUAUGUACGACAAAGAAAAGAGAUCGCGUUAACAACAAUAUUUUUUGCGGCAUCUUUAAUCAGUAAGUGUACGUGUUCUUAUGGUUCUGGAAAGAUUGAGUCGCACAAUGUCAGCAUUCCGUACAUCACGAGUAGCCCCGAAAUACGGGAUGAACGAUUUCAUUGGCGGAAUGCAACCUCGGAUUAUGUACAUUGAUCAAAUGAAUAAUAAAGAAAAGAUUUCACAUCCAAUGCGCAUUCCUAUAGAAGCUUUCAAAAAACACGAUAAAGGUGAAUUGGACGUUGUCUAUGAUAAUAUAAAACCAGUCGUCACGGUAAUUCGCAUAAUGGGCGCAUUGCCGAUCACAAGAACCCGUUCAGGAAUAACGAGAUUUAAGUUAGCAUCAAAUGCUAUGAUUUACUCAGCCGUAGUCUAUUUCGCCUUGACAGCUCAUGUUCUUUAUGUCGCCUGGAACCGUAUAAGAAUCGUAGGCGCAGUAGAGGGUCGCUUCGAGGAAUCAGUAAUUGCUUAUCUCUUCAUAGUAUAUCUAAUGCCCAAUUUCCUUAUACCAUUACUCUGGUACGAGACACCCAAACACGCCGAAUGUUUCAAUCACUGGAAGGAAUUUCAGAUAUUUUACAAACGUAUAACUACCAGAGACCUUCCUAUUAAUUUGAAACGUCGAGCAUUGUGGACGGCGAUUCUGGUGCCAAUAUUGUCAGCUGCAGCUAUGAUCGGAACGCAUCUCACUAUGAUAAAUUUUUCAAUAUGGCAGAUUAUACCGUACGUAUAUGUAACUGCAUUUAUAAACAUUUCGGGUGCGUAUUGGUAUAUCCAUUGCGCGGCAAUUUCAAGAUCAGCUAACGUUCUCGCUCAAGAUUUUAAACACGCACUUAGAAAUAAUGUGCAAGCCACUACAGUGGCUGAAUAUCGAGCACUCUGGCUUCAUCUUAAUAGAAUAACAAGAAAGAUCGGUGUAAUGUGCUGCUAUUCCUUUACUAUUCUCACCAUCUAUCUUUUCUUCUCCUUGACUUUAUCCAUCUAUGGUCUCUUUUCUCAACUACAAGAUGGCCUCACAAUCAAAGACGCUGGUCUUACGCUGUCUGCUUGUUCUAAUAUCAUAUUACUCCAUUUUAUUUGUGAUCAAGCACAUGCGGCAUCACAACACGUGAGAGUGCACUUUCAAAAGAAAUUACUACUGGUUGAAAUAUCGGAUUUAAAUCCGGAUGCGCAGACUGAGAUAGACAUGUUUUUACGAGCUACGGAAAUGAAUCCAUCGGAUAUGAGCUUGGGAGGAUUUUUCGACGUUAACAGGAACUUGUUUAAAUCGUUUUUGGGCACUAUGGUUACCUACCUCGUCGUCCUACUACAGUUCCAGAUUAGUUUACCCGAAAGCAAAAACAACGAUAACGCAACAAUGGAUAAUAUAUAAAAAUAUUUUUACAAUUAUGUGAAAACUAUACCAAAAUGUUAGAAUAUAACAAUAAUAUGUAUAUACGUGUGAAAAGCACUGUUCCUUCAUUACAACAGAUUGAGUGAACCCUUCUGUAUACUACAUACUACACACAUUAAUGUACAAUUUAAAAAUAACAAUUAGUCAUAUGUAUCACAUUUACACGUAAAACGAUCAGUAUAUACUAUAGAUUUUAUGGCAUUAAUGUCAAAUUUUCAUUUAUUUUUACAGUUCUUUCAAUUUUAUCAGCUCUCUAUGUUACCUGUUUCCUAAAAUACAAAACACACAAUAUACAAAACAUGAAUAAAAAUGCUAUACAACUGUGACAUAAAAUUUCUUUCUCUUCUUUAUCUCCUUUCAUGGCUUCAUUCCCGUAUACAGCAAGUGUCAGAUACAUAGAUUGCAGGCCAUUUGCAGAUAUAGAAUUUAUACUCAUGGAGUGGGAAUAGCCCACUCGAAUAAUGAGUGGAGACUGGCCCUAACAUGUUGAGACAGAGAUAUAUCUCUCUCUUCGUUCUUAACAUUCAGUUCCUCUCACCACGAACGCGCGCAUCAUAGUAGCGCGUGAAAAUUUCAUUUAUAGGUUAGAGGUUAGAGGUAGUCCAGCAUACAUGUUAAACGCAUGGUCAAACACGGUCAAACCAUGGUCUUGUAUACAGGAACUAAGUCCAUGUAAUUACAUAUGCGAUUGAAGAUAAAAUCAC